AAUUUACCGCUCUCUUCUCUUAUAUGAUUACACAUGAAAACUUGUACUUUCAGCUGCUGGGUACCUCCUCCUUUCAAGCAAAACAGGAGAGAGAGAGCCCAUUUUUGGCUCAACGAUACAUCUUCAUCUAUUUGGUUUGAUCCAGCAGAACAUAAACUUUUUUCUUUUUUGAUGCAUGCUUCUCUUUUGACCAUAGCGUUUGUGAUUUCUUGUUGAAGAGAGGCAAAGAUGACCAUAGCUAAACAUGGCCUUUUCGUUACGGCCAUUAUUUCUUUGUUCAUUUCUUCAGCGAUUGCAGAUGGAGGCAAGUCUUUAGAAGUGACUUAUGAUGGAAGAUCCUUGAUUAUCAAUGGAAAAAGAGAGCUUCUCUUCUCUGGUUCCAUCCAUUACCCUCGUAGCACCCCAGAAAUGUGGCCGGAACUGAUCGCAAAGGCCAAGCGUGGAGGAUUAAAUGUGAUUCAAACUUAUGUGUUUUGGAACAUCCAUGAGCCUGUGCAGGGACAGUACAAUUUUGAAGGGCGAUUUGACGUGGUGAAAUUCAUCAAGACAAUUGGAGAGCAGGGUAUGUAUGCAACUCUCAGGCUUGGGCCAUUCAUCCAGGCUGAAUGGAACCACGGUGGACUUCCAUAUUGGUUAAGAGAGGUUCCAGGCAUCAUAUUCCGUUCUUACAAUGAACAGUUCAUGAAUCACAUGGAGAAAUUCGUCAGGAUGAUCAUCGAUAAAAUGAAAGAAGAGAAGUUAUUUGCUUCACAGGGAGGCCCCAUCGUCUUGGCUCAGAUUGAAAAUGAGUACAAUACUGUCCAACUUGCAUAUAGAGAAUUGGGGGAUAAAUAUGUUCAGUGGGCAGGGAAUUUUGCUCUGGGCCUGCAAGUAGGAGUACCAUGGGUCAUGUGCAAGCAGAAAGAUGCUCCUGGUCCAGUGAUCAACACUUGCAAUGGAAGGCACUGCGGAGAUACAUUCACAGGCCCCAACCAUGCCAACAAGCCUUCUCUGUGGACUGAGAACUGGACUGCUCAAUUUAGAGUAUUUGGAGACCCACCUUCUCAAAGAGCAGCCGAAGAUAUUGCAUUUUCAGUGGCACGAUGGUUCUCCAAGAAUGGUUCCCUAGUCAACUACUAUAUGUUCCAUGGCGGAACGAAUUUAGACAGAACUGCUGCUUCAUUCGUAACAACUCGAUACUAUGAUGAAUCACCUCUUGAUGAAUAUGGUUUACACAGGCAACCAAAAUAUGGUCACCUCAAGGACUUGCACAGGGCUUUAAGACUAGCAAGGAAGGCUUUGCUUUGGGGCACACCUGGUGUUGAAAAAUUGAGUAAUGAUCUAGAGGCUCGGUUUUAUGAGCAACCCGGAGCGAAACUCUGUGCUGCUUUCUUGACAAACAAUGACACAAGAGAUGGACACACUGUUAAGUUCAGGGGUCGGGAAUUCCACCUGCCUCCACGUUCCAUUAGCGUCCUCCCUGAUUGCAAGACCGUGGUUUAUAACACUAUGACGGUUGUGUCACAACACAAUGUAAGGAAUUUUGUAAAACCCAACACAGAAAACAAGAAAAUGAAAUGGGAAAUGACAUCAGAAGUCAUACCAACCCAACUUAAAGCAUCGUCCAAGAUCCCAAUGGAGCUCUAUGGCUUGACCAAAGAUGUCACUGACUAUGCUUGGUACACCACAGUCAUAGUAUUGAAUCCCCGGGACUUGUCUGUGCGAAAGGAUAUCCUCCCAGUUCUAAGGGUUGCAAGUCUUGGCCAUGCAAUGGUUGGUUUUGUAAAUGGUGAAUUUGUAGGAUCGGCUCACGGAAGCCAAAUUGAGAAGAGCUUUGUCCUGCAGAAACCUGUGCAAUUGAAGCCUGGGGUUAACACAAUUACGCUUUUGGGCUCUCUAGUUGGACUGCCUGAUAGUGGAGCCUACAUGGAGCAUAGGUUUGCUGGGCCUCGAGGUGUAACGAUCCUGGGUUUGAAUACUGGAACUCUGGAUUUGUCAUCAAAUGGUUGGGGUCAUGAGGUUGGCAUGGCUGGAGAGAGGGGUCAAUGGUACACUGAGGAAGGAUCAAAGAAGGUAACAUGGAAAGAAGUUCCAGAAGGAGAAGGUCCUCCUAUGUCAUGGUACAAGGCUUCUUUUGAUGCUCCUGAAGGGGACAACCCUGUUGCUGUCCGUAUGACUGGUAUGAAAAAGGGUAUGGUUUGGAUCAAUGGUAAGAGUAUUGGCCGUUACUGGAUGACUUACGUCUCCCCUCUUGGGCAGCCUACUCAAUCUGAGUACCAUAUUCCGAGGUCUUAUUUAAAGCCAAAGGAUAACCUCAUAAUAGUGCUUGAAGAGGAGCCUGCCAACCCUGAAAAGAUUGAGAUUCUACUUGUGAAUAGAGAUACAAUCUGUAGUUACAUAACAGAGUAUCAUCUACCAAAUGUAAAAUCAUGGGCAAGGAAAGAUGACAAGUUUAAAACUGUAGUUGAUGAUGUUCGACCAGCAGCUCACCUCAAGUGUCCAAACCACAAGAAGAUUAUCGAAGUGGAGUUUGCAAGCUUCGGUGAUCCUUACGGUGCUUGUGGAGGGUUUGCUCUUGGAAACUGCACAUCUCCUCUUUCCAAGCAGGUUGUCGAGCAGCACUGCGCUGGAAAAACUUCAUGUGACAUUCCAAUUGAAAGAGAGCUCUUCGACAAGAAUAAUGAUGCUUGCCCAGAUAUUAAAAAGACACUCGCCGUCCAGGUGAAGUGCGGCUAGAAGAAUUAGAGACCAUCAGAUAGAUUAUAUGUACAAGGGUGUUUGUGAUCUUGGUUCUGAACGAAGGAGAUGGAACUUUAGGGUGUUUUGAAGGAACUAGUAGAGUACAUAAUUGAUAGCGCUUAAAUUUGUCUCUACAAGACUUCAAAAUCAUGAAUUGUAUUCGCCAUUACUUA